CCGCCGCCGGCCGGAGCUGACAGGUGCGGCGGGCCGGGAAGCUGCUGACUAAGGCGGGCCGGGCGGAGCCGCGGGAAGGCGGAGGACAAGUGGCUCUGCCGAGCGCCGGGUCGCAACGUCGGCGCUUCCGAGGGGCUCAUGGGGACGGCGGCGAGCCACAGCAGCGAGGACGAGGAGGAGGGGGGCGCCGAGGAAGGCAUGGAAGGGGCGGCCACCGCGCCUCAGCCCGGCGCUCCCUUCCCGCCUGGCACCGCCGCCAGCCCGGCGCCGCCGCUGCCUCCGGCUGAGGUGCUGCUGGACCAGGCCCGGUUGCGGGAGGCCACGGCGCGGCUGCGGGAAGCGGCGCUGCCCGAGUCGCUGGUGUCGCGGCACCACAGCACUCUGGUGCGCUGGCUGGAGGAGCGCCUCAGCCGCGGCGACGAGGCCGUCAGCCUGGAGCAGUUCUGUGAGGUGCUGGAGAGCGUCUCCCGCCUGGCAGCCGGCUCCCGCGGCGAGAGCGAGGAGGCCUUUGCACAAUUUGAUGCUGAAGGAGAUGGCACUGUAGAUGUGGAGAAUAUGCUGGAGGCUCUCAAGAAUUCUAGUGGAGCUAAUCUUCAGGGGGAGCUUAGCCAUGUAAUCAGGCAACUGCAAGCUUGUUCCCUAGUUCCAGGUUUUAUUGAUAUAUUUUCUGAAUCGAAAGAGCGUCUUGGUCUUCAUGCCUCAAUGAUCCUGAGGUUCUUGCACCGGAAUCGCAUUUCUAAUACUGCCAUCCCUUACCCAGUGCUGGAGUACUUUAACAAUAUCUGCACUAUGAGGUCUUCUGUGCUGAAGGAUUCUUUAGAUCGACUUCUCCUAAAAGAGAGGGAAUACCCUAGUGAUUUAAAUGGUAAUCAGGAGGCAGACAAACUGAAGUCUGUCACAAAGUGCUACACUCACAUAGAAACCUCGUCCAAUUCUGCUGAUAUUGACAAGAUGACAAACGGAGAAACGACAUCUUUCUGGCAGUCGGAUGGCAGUGCCCGCUCCCAUUGGAUACGUUUAAAGAUGAAACCAGAUGUUGUCCUGAGACAUCUGUCCAUUGCGGUGGCAGCUAGUGACCAGAGUUACAUGCCACAGCAAGUGACAGUGGCAGUGGGAAGGAAUGCCAGCAGUCUUCAGGAGGUCCGAGAUGUUCACAUUCCAAGCAAUAUCACUGGCUACGUAACACUGUUGGAAAACGCUAACAUUAGUCAGAUGUAUGUACAGAUAAAUAUCAAGCGUUGCCUUAGUGAUGGAUGUGACACCAGAAUCCACGGGCUCAGGGCUGUUGGGUAUCAACGGGUGAAGAAGGUGGGCGUCUCCGUAUGCGAUGCUUCAGCGAUCUGGUACUGGUCGCUGCUGACCUCUCUGGUGACAGCUUCCAUGGAAACAAACCCAGCAUUUGUUCACACUAUUUUGCAAAAUACUCAGAAAGCACUGCAACACAUGCCACCUCUAUCCCUAACACCAGGCUCUACAGAUUUUUCAAGCUUCUUGUCUCCAAAUGUUUUGGAAGAAGUCGAUAGCUUCCUCAUAAGGAUAACAAGUUGUUGUACCACUCCAGAGGUUGAACUUACACUCUUGGCCUUUGCCUUAGCCAGGGGGAGUGUUGCAAAAGUGAUAAGUUCCCUUUGUACAAUCACUGAUCAUCUGGAAACUCCAUACAAGGCUUCAUCGCUUAUCGCUUCCAUGGCAGUGGUCAGACAGAACCUGCUGUAUAAAUACGGAAAACCUUUACGACUCACUUUGCAAGCCUGUGAUGUCAAGGGAAAAGAAGAUAAAUCAGGGCCUGAAAACCUCCUUAUGGAGCCAUGGACUGGGGAUGGUUUUCUUACUGAAACUGGGAAAACCAGAGCAAGUAUUAUUCUUUCUACUGGAACUGAAUCUUCAUUUCAAGUGACACAGAUUAGAAUCAAGGUCCGAAGGGGAGCCAUCGGGGCCCAGUGUGGGCUGGUGUUUGCUUAUAAUAGUGCUUCAGAGAAGUUCCAUGCAGAGGAACACUUCAAAAGGUUUGAAAGCUAUGACAAGUGGAAGCUGCGGGAAUUCAAGCAGUUCUUAAAGAACAGAAGCAGCUGCUCAUGUGACGAUCUGGGAGAUGAUGAUCCUAUUGGCUGGUUUGAAGUGGAAGAAGAAUGGGAUGAAGUUGAUGUCAAAAUGCAGGAAUGCAGAAUUUCUCAAUACUUGAUGAUAAAGUUCUUGUGCACAAGACAAGACACAGCAGAGCGGCUCGGAGUUCAAGGCCUGAAUGUCCUUGGGUAUCUUCGGCCUAUGCGGGAUGAGCCCAGUAGGAGCAUGAACUGCUUGCAGUGCAGGAAAACGGAUGAUGAUACAGUUUGUGGCACAACUCUUCUCCUGAAGACACUUCAUUUCAUCCAGCAGCUGGCACAGGACCUGGUUCAGCAGAAGGAGAGUGGAUUAAAAUACAAGUCAUUUUUGGAUUUCACAGGCCUUGAUUUGCAGCUGUUCUGGAAUUUUUACAAUAAACUUCACCAAAGCCCAAGGGAAGAAUGUAUCUUUGCUCAAACACUGCUGUUGCAGCUUCUCCAGAGCUGCUUCUCUGUACUUACCGCAGACAAUAAAACUGCUAAACCUCAAGAAACUUCUCAGAGUAAAACAUCUGGUCACACAGAAGCUGCAAAAGAGCUUUACAGACAUUUGUGUGAAGUAGUGGAUAUGGGGGACAGUAACUUCAUGCCAAUGAAAAUGCUGAAAGAGGAAGUUAAGAACACCUUACUCAGCGGAGCAGCUAUCUUUUUCCCAGAUAGACAGACCAGGCGACACCAGCUCUUCGCCAUGAUGAAAAACAUCACAGAGCAAGAACAUAAGCAAUCUGUGCAUCUUGCCUUCAGAUCCUUGUGUACUCACUUCAGUGAUCAAGAUCCAGGUGGACUCCUAUUAUUACCAGAGAAAGGAGUUUCUGAAAAUCUUGACAUAAGUGAAGUGCUGUCAGUCAUGGAUACCCUUCUGCUAGUGGCAGCAAGAGAGUGUGAAAUGAUGAUGCUGGAUGUUGCGCAGCAAGAGAGUGGGACGGUCUUGUCUUCCUUAUUCUGGUCUGUUCAAGGUAGCCUCCUUUCAUGGUGCUACCUGCAGCUUAAGGGUAGUGAUAAUUCAGCCAAGGAUCUUGCAGUAGAAAUCCUUAAAAACUAUGUGGGCCAGUUCCUGUCAAAUAUCAGAACGAUUUUGCAGUCACUUUUAUCUCAAUAUAGUGGCAAAACAAUAGUAGAAAAAAUAAGUAACUCUGUCUUUGCUAUGGCAACUCGUCAGCUGGUCAUCUUCCUGUUGGAUUUUUGCACUUUAGACAUUCCAUACUGUACUCUGCUACGGGGAUUCAGCACUUUGAUAGAACCACUGAAAAGCCUUUGUAGUGAGCCUCAUAAGAUGGAAUUGGAGAGCUGGCAGCAAGAACAGCCUGUGGUACUGAGAACAUGGACGAUGGAGUCGCCUCAUAACUAUGAAAAUAAUUGCCAUGAGGUCUCAGUCUUCCUGUGUCAUGGGGCAACUUACUUUGAGGUGGAAUUUGAUGAAAAAUGUGAAACUGAAAGGAGGUAUGAUUACCUGGAGUUUACUGAUGCAAGAGGUGCAAAAACUCGUUAUGAUACAAAGGUUGGCACUGACAAGUGGCCUAAGAAAGUGACCUUUAAGGCUGGCCCACGGCUGCAGUUUCUCUUUCACUCUGACAGCAGUAAUAAUGAGUGGGGCUACAAGUUUUCUGUCACUGCUUACGGCCUACCAGAUGUCGCCGUUUCUUGGGGCUUGGAUUUACAGCUUCUUGUGUGCCGGUUGAUGGGGCGCUUGGCUUCUCGAAGUAUGGCCCUGAAAUCUCUCCGAGAACUAGGUAGUGAAGCAGAUUUGCCUCCUUUGAAAGUAACAGCAGUCCUUAAUUCUCCUCUGUGGAAACCUGUGUUCAGGCAUCAGAUGUGUCCUGAGGCGCUCCUGGGAGCCAGUCAAAGCAGUAGGCUGCACCAAGAUAAAAAAGAGGCUGUGAGCUCUCAUCAAGAUGACUGCCGUAACUUUCUUAUCGACUUUGCAAAAUCAGAUCCUGCCCAGGACUUCAGUGGGCAAAAAUCUGAACUUUUCAAAGGAUUUACACAGGCAUGUAAAAAACAGACCCCAAAGACAGAUAUAGUUGCUGGUUCUACUGUUGAUCAAGCUGUGAACUCAACAUUUGCUGCUUUGGUGUAUCUCACUCCAGAUUUAUAUGAGAAGCUUCAAAAAUAUGUCAACAGUGGAGGCAAGGUGCCUUUGAGCUAUGAGUUUGCACAAGUGUAUUCCCUGGCUGAUUCAAUUAGAAUAUGGAUGUUGGAAAUGAAGCAGAAAUCCCUGAUGGGUAGGGGAAAUGAUUUUGAGGAGAAGCAGAGUACAGAAGCAAGUGAGGUGAACCCAGAGACUCUUGCAAAACUUUGUAUGCAGAAGAGCCUUUUAUUACUGAAUUUUUUGCCUGUAAGAGCAAAGACGAAAGAUUCUGCAUCAGACAGUUUGGAAGCCCAAGACAUUGAUGAUAUCCAACAUUAUGUUGGUGAUAAAUGCCAAAGAAAAGGUUCUUUUGUGGACAUGGACUUUCAGGCAGCACAUUCAUUGUCAUCCGAUGGAGUAACUCCUGCUGUUUCAAAAGAAGGGAGCCAAAUGACACUAUCUGAUACAAAGAUGGAACAACUUCCAGACUCCCUCCAAACAGAAGCAGCAUCUGCAAUUCAUAGUAAGCCUGUUGAAAGUACAGUUUCACAGCAAGAAGAUACAUCAUCACCUCCUUCCACUCCUACACGAAAGUCUCAGUUCAGCCGUGGAAGACUAAGGCUGCUGUCUUUCCGAUCAAUGGAAGAGCCAAGACCUGUGCCAACUGUGAAGGCGAAAUACCCCAUAUUGAAAAACAUAUUAGACUUUAUUAAGGAUCAAUCCCUCUCCCAUGAAAGUGUUUUAAAGGUUCUUGCCUUGAGAAAAUCCCAAGGGCAGAAUAUUAUGGAAGUGCUCAAGACAAUCCGCCAGUGCCUAGACUCCCUUGGGCAGCCACACUGUUUUCAUCCACCAUGUGUACUUUUUCUCUUAGAACUUCUAGCCUGCCAGAAAGAUUUUACAAACUACUUUGGAAACUUGGAAGGAUGUGGUGCUGAGCUACACAAAGAGAUUCGAGAGUCCUACUACCAGCUUGUUUUGUUCCUGGUAAAUUCUGUGAAGGGAUUUAGUACUAUCAAUGACAGAUCAUUGCUUCCUGCCUUAUCAUGUGUGCAGACAACUCUCCUUCACCUUUUGGAUAUGAGUUGGGAACCAAGUGAUCUUUCCUUCUUUGUUGAGAUUCAGUUACCACAGCUGCUUAUGACUACAUCACAAGAAAACAUAAGUAUUCAUGACAGCGUCAUUUGUCAGUGGAGUGAAGAAGAUGAAAUUGCAGACUACAAGCAAAACUGUGAGUGGAUGGAUGAAUGUCAGGAUGUGAUGUUUGAGACCUGGUAUGAAAAGAUAGCUCAAGCUGACCCAGAGAAGCAGAGAAAGAUGCACAUGUUUGUAGCUCGUUACUGUGACCUCUUAAAUGUGGACAUAUCCUGUGAUGGCUGUGAUGAAAUUGCGCCAUGGCAUCGCUACCGCUGUCUGCAAUGCAAUGACAUGGAUCUGUGUAAAACUUGUUUUCUUGGUGGAGUUAAACCUGAAGGACAUGAGGAUGACCAUGAAAUGGUUAACAUGGAGUAUGCCUGCGAUCACUGUCAAGGAGUUAUCAUAGGUCGGAGAAUGAACUGCAAUGUGUGUGAUGACUUUGACCUUUGCUAUGGAUGCUAUUCUGCAAAGAAAUACUCUGACAGUCACUUGCCCACUCACAGCAUCACAGUGUAUCCCAUGGUGACUAUUCGCAUCAGUGACCGGCAGAGGCUCAUCCAGCCAUAUAUCCACAAUUAUUCCUGGCUGUUGUUUGCAGCUUUGACCCUCUACAGUGCAGAUCUGGCAAAUGGGGGGGAAGUAGAAGGAGAGAAACUGGAUCCACAGGUCCUCAGUCAUGCCAGAGUUGUGCAACAUCAGUGCAUACAGCUCAUUGGAGACUGCUUGAUGAAAGCCCAGCAUGGAAAAGGUCUGAAAAAUUCAGCUCUCCUCUGCAUGUUACCAGAAGGUGAAUCCUUCUCAGAGAAUGACACUGUUUCAGUCAGUCCUCCCACAGAUGGUGCUCCAAAAAGUCAUACUGGUGAUAAAGCAAUGAAGGGAAGAGAUGAGAAACCAGCAACAGGCUCUUUUAUGCAUUGCAAUGGGAAAGGAGGUACGUGUAAUGAAAUCCAGUCUCCUGCAGAAGAUAAAGUAGGAAAACAAGGAAGUGAAAGCAAAGCUGUCUUUGCAAAUAAAGCUGUUUUGAGACAAGAGUCAGGCUUUUCUGUGGAGGAUAAUGUUUCUCCAACAGAUGAGAGCCUCAUGGAGGAUUCAGUCCAGAAGCAAGCAGAGAAGGUUUUAAUACCUAGCCAGGAACAAGUUUUUGCUGAAUGCUCUCAGAAGAGGAUUCUAGGAUUGCUGGCGGCUAUGUUACCACCUUUCAAAUCAGGCUCCACAAUGUCUUUGAUUAACCUGGAACAGAUACUUCCACUGAUGUUUCAGGUUGUAAUCUCAAACGCUGGCCACCUAAAUGAAACAUACCAUCUAACACUGGGACUUCUGGGCCAGUUAAUCCUGAGACUUAUGCCUGCAGAAGUGGAUGCUGCAGUGGCUAAAGUCCUUUCAGCCAAACAUAACUUGUUUGCUGCGGGAGAUGGGGCUGCAGUACCAGAAGGCUGGAAGACAACUCAUCUUCUGUUCAGUCUGGGAGCUGUGUGUUUAGACAGUCGUGUAGGUCUGGACUGGGCAAGCUCCAUGGCAGAUAUUCUUCGAUCUUUGAACUCUUCUGCUCAGUGGCAUGAUGUGAUAGCUGCUUUCACUGACCAUUGCAUUAAGCAACUGCCCUUUCAGCUAAAGCACACCAAUAUCUUCACUUUACUGGUGCUGGUUGGGUUUCCUGAGGUGCUGUGUAUGGGGACUCGUUCUGUGUACAUGGAUAAUGCAAAUGAGCCUCACAACGUGAUCAUUCUGAAGCAUUUCACUGAGAAGAACAGAGCAGUUGUAGUAGACAUCAGAACCCGAAAGAGGAAAACAGUGAAAGACUAUCAGUUGAUUCAGAAAUGUGAACAAGAGGGCAGUGAUUCCCAGACCCAGCUGAGACAGUACCUCCAGCACUUUGUUCUUAUAUCCACGCACCUUCUGCAAACCAGCAUGGACAGUAGCUAUGCUGAGGCAGUGGAAGCAACUUGGGUCUUGUCGCUUGCUCUAAAGGGGCUUUACAGAACACUUAAGAUUCAUGGCUUUAAGGAAGUUCAAGCUGCCUUUCUUCAGUCUGGUUUACUCAAGCUUCUAGUGAAAAAAUGUAGCAAAGGAACUGGCUUCAGUAAGACCUGGCUUCUCAGAGACUUGGAGAUUUUGUCAAUAAUGCUGUAUUCCUCAAAGAAAGAGAUCAGUUCCCUGGCUGAACGUGAGCAUACUGAACUGGAAGAAAGGGAACAAGAUCAAGAUGUGGAGCCACCCAUUGUUGGUCCUGUAGAUCUAGAGCAGAACAAACUUGAUCCUCUGGAGGGUUUGGAUGAAGCCACCAAAAUAUGCUUCUUGAUGACGCAUGAUGCACUCAAUGCACCUCUCCAUAUUCUUCGAGCCAUGUAUGAGUUGCAGAUGAAAAGAACAGAUUCUUUUUUCCUGGAAGUUCAGAAGAGGUUUGAUGGAGAUGUAAUUACAACAGAUGAGAGGAUCCGAACACUGGCUCAGAAGUGGCAGCCCAGCAAGCGUUUGAGGCUGGAGGAACAGAGCUCAAAAGCAGUAGAUACAGAUAUGAUCAUCUUACCCUGUUUGGUACGUGCAUCUCUAAAAAGGAGCCGUUGUGAAAUAAUUUAGGCAUUGAAGUAACUUCAGUCUUGUUUAGUAACUUCAAACCUGAGGUUUUCUUUUUU